UAAUAUAAAACCGAGAUGGGGGUAAAAUCUAAGCUUAUUGUGAUUGUUAUCAUGGUGGUGAUCAUGAUCAUGGUAAGCUCCUGUUCAGCUGCGAGGACUACAAUUCUUGGAGAAGAUAUUCAAGAAAACGAGAAAAUAUCCCGAGAGAUGACAUGGCAAGAAGAAGAUUCAACUGAGAAAGUAGAUCACCCAAGAAACAGUGUGGAGAAUCACCAUUACAUCCCAAGACAAGAUUUCAACAACUAUGGAGCUGGACGUGAUAACAAUGGAGGUGGUGGAUAACUCAAAAGAAAUCGUGAAAGCGGUAUCGAUAUAUAUAUAUAGAUGUUAAAGAAAAAUAUUUUAUAAAUAAAAAACGUAUGGGUAUGUGAAAUUAUAGUAUAUGAAGCCAGCACUUCUAAUGAUUUCUCCUAUGUUUUACUAACCAUGUCUAGUUGUGAUCGUCUGAUCAUAGAUUCAUAAUGAAUUAGUGAUGUUCGAUUACUGUA